UCAUACACAGGCAGUGGUCGUGCACAGUCAACGAGCGAUUUGGAAUGACAAGCAAAUUCUUGGUCUCUGUACAGUUGGGGGAAACUGUCUUCGCGCACACCGUUAACGCGGCUAUCGACAAGAGACUACAGAAGACUGGUUUUACUUCUAUGUUCUUAAGCUUCACAAUUUAGCAGUACCGCUAGAAUCGCAUGCGCGCAUAACCAGCUAACAUUUAGCUUCGCGGGCUAGUUGUAUGCUUCCAGGCAGAGCAGUGGGAGCAUUUGACGCCCCACUCUCGGCAUCAUCGUCGGGCACGACGCUGCGCCUGUAAUCACAUGCGAUUUCCUUAGUUUUUAACCAACAGCUAUGGCGACUGACCUUAUUAAAGGCUUCUUUCGCCUUUGCUUGAAUCUUCAGGAACCACACCAUGUGGCAAGAUUUCAAAAGCUUUGUGGUGUUAGGGGAACAUUUCCUAGAAAAUCCGCGAAGACAGAGGAGAGUGAAGUGGAACCUAACGGUGCUUGUGUCAAGCAAUGUACUCGGGAGAACACAGACGACGAGGGAGUUGACCAGAAAAACAGCGUCCUCCGACAGAGAAAGCAUUCGAGUUUAGAAACUUCAAAACAGGAAGAAUGCUCCAACGGGCUGCUGAACGGGGCUGCAAUGCCCGAAGAAGAAACCGGUCAACCAGAGAGUGGUUCAAAAGCUGACAAUGAGCGAGAUGAGUCGAAGGGGGUUGUCAAGCCCCUCCGCAAGAACUCCCUGACCGGUGAUGUCGGGCAGGAGUUCAUAAUUGAGAACAAGUUCCUUUUCUAUCUCUUCACUUUUGGAACAGAACUGGGCAAUGAGAUGUUCUUCAUCGUUUUCUUUCCAUUUCUCAUGUGGAACGUCGACGCCUAUGUCAGUCGGCAGAUCAUCGUGGUGUGGAUGCUGGUGCUCCUAAUCGGCCAGUCCACCAAAGACCUGAUCCGGUGGACACGUCCAGCAUCACCGCCGGUGGUCAAAGUCGAGGUCUUCUAUAAUUCGGAAUACAGCAUGCCAUCCACCCACGCCAUGACGGGCACUGCGCUGCCCUUUUCCCUGUUCAUGCUUACUUACGGACGCUGGCAGUACCCUUUCCUGUUCGGGUUGAGUAUAGCAGUCCUUUGGAGUGUCCUGGUGUGUGUGAGCAGAAUCUACAUGGGCAUGCACUCUGUGCUGGAGGUGAUCACGGGCUUCCUGUACAGCGUGCUGAUCCUGGCCGUCUUCCAGCCGCUGCUGGACUCCAUCGACCAGUACUACCUGGACGGCGCCCAUGCCUGGCUGGCCAUCCCGCUGCUGCACGUGGGCCUGGGCCUGGCCGCCUUCUCCCUGGACACCUGGAGUACGUCGCGGGGCGACACCGCCCAGGCGCUGAGCACGGGGGCCGGCGCCGCCCUGGGCGCCCACCUCAACCACCAGCUGGGCCUGCAGCCGGACGACCCGGCGGCCGCCCUGGGCCUGUUGCCGCUGGCGAUGCCCGCCGCCGGACUGCUGGACGCGGCGCUGCUGGGCCGCACGCUGGCGCGGAUGCUGGUGGGCGUGGCCGUGCUGCUGGCCACGCGGGCGGCCAUGAAGACGGUCACCAUCCCGCUGGCGUGCGGCGUCUUCGGCGUGCCAGUGGGCGACGUGCGGCGGGCGCGGCAGCACUCGGGCGUGGAGCUGACGUACCGCUACCUGGUGUACGGCACCGUGGCCUUCAACUGCGUGGCCCUGGUGCCGCUGCUCUUUGGCUACCUGGGACUGUCCUGAGUGUGCACACACACACACACACACACACACACACACACACACACACACAAGCUGAGGAGACCGACCUCCACCAUCGCCAAUAAGCACCAUCCACAACUCACAACUACUACCACUGUACUGUCGCCCAGUGCAUACACCUUGAUACACACACUCAAACAAACACAGUAUAUCACACACCUCAUCACAUCACCCGCUGGUGCCACUGCUCUUUGGCUACCUGGGCCUGUCCUGUCCUGAGCUGAGGAGAGGAGACCGACCACCACCGCCAAUAAACACCACCCACAACUACUACCACUGUACAUACACCCUGAUACACACACACACACACACACACACACACACACACACACACACACACACACACACACACACACACACACACGCGCGCGCGCGCACACACACACACACCACAUCACAACACCCCCUGGUGCCACUGUUGUUUGACCACCUUGACUUUGAUGGGAAGGAGAUCAGUACCCGCCACUGCUAAUAAUCACCACCCUCAACACCACUGUCGCCCAGUGCAUGCAUACACAGACACAUACACAGACACAUACAGUAUAUCCGGUGCCAUUUUGUGUGUGACUACCUGCAGUCACUGCCAUUAUGUACAUACGUGCGCGCACGCACGCACGCGCACACAUCGUAUAUCACAUCACCCACUUGUGCCAUUUUGUUUACCUUGGCUUGUCCUGAGGACAGCAGCAGUAGCACCCACCGGCCACCACCAUUACACACACAUACACAUACACACACACACACACACACACACACACACACACACACACACACACACACACACACACACACACACACACACACAGUCGCAUCAGUCUGAGAUAUCUCAGAGUCUGACUUCUGACAGUCCGAUGCCAUUUCAGUUCAUUGUGCCUCAGCUUCCCCAGCAUCCAUUCACCUCGUCGUCUUUCAUACCCAGACAUGGAAGUCAGAGCUUUUUUUUAUUUAUCUUAAAACGUUCACACGCAUACACAACGUGUGUGUGUCUUUGUGAGUGGUUCCCACAGUAUUUUUCUUGACUGGGAUCAGUGCAAACACACACACACACACGCUCCCAAAUAUUUUUUGCACAACAUUGAUGAUGAGUUGUGCCAUUUUCAGUUGAAAGGGUUUUUUGUUUGUUUGUUUGUUUGCUUGUUUUGGUUAGCACCUCUGCUUGUGUGAUGUGUGGGCACAUUCUCUUGUCUCGUUGUUGGAAUAAUCAGUGCCAACAGACAGCACAGUUGCUGCAUAGAGAAGAGUGGGCACUGGCACGGCCAAGGGUUCCCCCAGACAAGGGCUGGACUGGCCAUCUGCCAUAGCGGGCAUUUCCCGGUGGCCCCCGCAACCUCGUGGGCCCCUACUUUUAGAAAUUUAAAAAAAAAAAAUUGUCAGUCAGUUCUGCGCCGCUAAUUAUGAGGGGCCCCUUUAUGCCAAAAGUGCCCGGGCCCUAUUUCUUCUCCAGUCCAGCCCUGCCCCCAGACACAGCCUCCCCCGACGAAUCAACAACGUAAACAGAAGUGAAGGCAAAAGCUGAUUCGGCCAAAAAUCGCCCGUUCUCGCCUUCACAGUCGAGAGAGCACAUUUUCAGAAAUCUUUUGCUGUUCUUGUGUUUUCUUUUUCUCCUUCUUGUUUCAUUUUAUUCGUCGUUGGCCAGGACCGCGAGGGCACAGGCUGCCUCGACAAAAUGAGCAUCUGCGCCUGCCAAAAGCUGAAAUUAAAUGCGGUCUAUUGCUUUACCCAAAUGCUGGUAUUGAUUCUGGGCCAGGCGUCUAUCUCUCUCUCUCUCUCUCCCCCCCCUUCUCUCCAGCCCACAGGUGUAGUAAAUGGGCACGCAGCAGAUGACAUUGCAGAUAUAAAAUAAAGGGUCUCAAAUACCCUUUGUGACUCCCCUUGUGUCGUAGAAAAUGUUGUACAAAACCCUCCUGAUCUGAAGUUUGGCUGAAAACUGAUCAGGAAUUUUGUCAAAACACUCACACACACACACACACACACACACACACACACACACACACACACACACACACACACACACACACACACACACACACAGGCCCGCCUGCAGGGGGAACAGGGAACAGGGUCUGUUGAUGAGACAGGGAGAUGGGGGAUGAGGAUUGGGUCCCCUUUAUAUUGUACAUGUACUCUGUGUAUUGAAGUGGGGGGCGGCUUUCAUAUUGUUUUGCCACAGGCCUGGCCAAGGUUGUCAGUGACCUUCCUCCCAACACACACAGAUACAGUUACAGAUACAGAAACAAGCACACACAUACACACACCAAACUCGUUACACCCUCUCUGAGCCGCACCUUUUAUGUGGCCAUUUUUUUUUUCCAUCCUUAUACUUUUUUUCAUCCUACAGCAGUAUGCUGUACAGACGAGUCUGUCCCUUGGGUCCGCUCCUCUUCACUCCUCUCCUUUCCACUCCGGAGGCUGCACAGCAAAAGAUUUCUGGCUGCAGCUCUGUUCUGUCCAAGUGGCACCAUCGCAAAAUUCUGUCCCUGAGAACAUGGUGGAAAUUGCCAAUUAGCCCCGUCAACACGAUAUUUCUGUGCUAUUACCAUGCUAUUGCAGUCGGUCAUAAAAUGGUAUUACCAUUUUCUUAACAGCAGUUAGAGGCGUCUUUUCGCCGAUUUUGAAUCCCUUUUCGCGGGGGACGGGGCUGCUGGUGGAGGCGGCACCAAUCACUGUAGGAUCGCCGCUGCGUCUGAUUCCUGUUUGUUCGGUCAGAUCCUUAUCCUUCCUCUCCAUUCUGUCCCCCUCACGCUCUCUGCAGCCCUCACGCCCAUCCUGCGUCAUUGUGUUGCUCAACUCUAUACACACACACACACACACACACACACACACACACACACACACACACACACACACACACACACACACACACACAAACACGCACUACUCUGAACAAUUGGACAAUGUGCUGGCUCCAUGCCCACGUUUUAAAACACUGAGUCUCCUGACAAUUGUUGCACACACACACACACACACACACACAAUCACACACACACAAUCACACACAUGCACGUACACACACGCACACACACGCACACACACACGCACCCAUACAUACACAUACAUACCCACUCCCAUUCACAGAGACUGCUUUGAGAAAGGUGUGUUGAGUGGAGUGUCCGUCUGCAAAGGGCCACCCCGCUGUACAGAGCCAUGCACUGUACGUUCCCUUCUUUGUAGAUACGUGUGGACCAUUGUGAGCCUGACGCCACAUAGUGUAUACUCAUGGAGCCUUCUAGUUCCUCUCAGUGGAAGCCAAACGUGUACUGUGGGAAACCAGGGACCUUUCCAACCGCAAGAGGCAAUAAUUUAUAUAAUAGUUGUGAGAAAAAAGAAGAGUUAGAAGAGAAUCUGCGAUUAAGGAACUAUGGGGGGAUGGGUUCAACUUCCUGGACAUGGCUGCACAAGGGUCAUGUGAUGAUGAGAGAGGAGAAGAGGAACCAUGUGAUGCUGGUGCUGCAUCAGAGGGGCUUCAUGGGAAAUGGAUUCUAAGGGCUUCCGCACAUUGGCUCCGACAACGUGCUGAGCACUGCGCCGCAAAAGUUCGAUUCCAUUGUUUUCAAUAGAACCCCUGCACACUGGCGCAGAUGUCCGCGGACAUUCGCAGAUGUUGGAUAGCAAUUAGAGACAAGUUCUAUUUUGCCGGCGCCGCCCAUUGACUAUCAAUGCUAUGUUCCUGUGAAAUUGGGUUUGGGGGUCCAAAUUAUGUCGGAAGCAAAAGUUUGCUGCAGUGCUAUAGGAGCCAAUGUGCGGCCGGCCUAAGGCUCCUUUACAUCCAUGACAGGGUGACGAGGGGCGUGCUUAGGCCAAGUAACAUCUUGCGUGUUGUGGGCAGUCGCCUGUGGAAGAAGGCCCUUUGAAAGUCUGUACACACUGGGUUUCCUGUAACAAAAAUGUAAUUCUGAUGUUAAUAUGCUAUGCUUUAUGUAUACAAAAAAAUAGGCAAGCAAUUUGAGCUGUUUCCCAACAGUAGGAUUUUUUGUUUUAUUUCUACUAUUAUUGUUUUACUUCUAUCAAAUAUCAUGUGGAUUGUGACAAUAUAGCCGACCAGGGAAAUUCUUAUAUACUCUUUUUUUUUGCACAACACUUGUUAUGUAUGGGCUUUUAUUAAUGAUCAGUAUUCAGUAUUUUGUGUUCACAGUGAUGUGUGCCACGAACGUGAUUCACUUAUUUUUUCAUUCUUAUUUUAUUUCAUUAUUGUGAAAAAAAAACUCAUUGGGACACCAAGGCCCAACAUGGACAGUAUUAUUUUUGUGAACACGAGAUUAAGACAUAAUGAUUAUGAUAUGUGAUGAAAGUGUUCUUGUGAGGAGAAGCACACACGAACAGUCAAGCUUUUGUACCCUAUCUUUUCUGGUCAGUGUCCUGUCCGCUCGGUUUGUGUGUGCUCCUCCCCUCUCCUCAUCUUUCCUCUCAUUUCCUCUCUUCAUCUUUCCUCUCCUCUCCUCCCCGUUCCCCUCUCUUCCCUUUCCCAAAUGAUGGGCUUUUAAGAAGUGUGGUUUCAGUUCCCAGCCAGUCAGUGACCAUUCGCAACUUUACUUACUGUGUUUUUGUGCACUUUUUGUCACUGUGGCUUAUGGAUGAUAAGAACUCCUUCAAAAUGGCAGGGACCCAUUUGUGAAUGGGUUGAAGUAUACGUGGACUGAAUGCAUUUAUGGCUUCCAAAGGGCUACCUAAAUGAUACAUAUAUAAAUUUAAAUAUAUAUAGUAUAGAAUACAUACAUGCGUACAUGUACAGUAUAUCUAAUGAGUUUUUUUUAAAUGUGUACUUUGAUUUGAAGAUAAUUGCAAUGCCAAACUUGCAACCCCUGAUCACAAAAUAAUGGCAACUAAAAAGAGACAAUGUUUCAUUGCUGUUCAUGCUCUUCAUGUGCUGACUGUUGUGCUCGUUUUGAUAAAUUCAUGUUAAUUGCCAUUCUUUUUGUGAGUUUGUGCGUGCACGCAUGUAUUUUUGUGUGCACGCCUGUGUGUUUGUGUUGUCUGUCUGUGUGUGUGCGUGGCUGACUGACUGACUGACUGACUGAAAGAGAGAAUGUUUGAGCAUGUAUGUGGGUUUACGCUCCUUUUUUUUUCCAGGAGUGCGUAAGUAUGCCAGUGCGUCUACUUUGAAUAUGCAAAUAGGCAGUAUUUGGUGAACUUUGUUGUAGGUGUGGCCAGACCUUCUUUGAAAGUUAAAAAGUACACCAGUCUCUCUGUUCUUACCCAAUAAAAUGUCUUCUAAAUUCUCUGCUGACA